AUGGACUCAACAGCCAGCAAACACAAACACGUAGUUGUUCACGCUAUACCAGCUGGAUGGGGGCAUAACAAGCCCCUUUGUGCGUUCGUCGUCCGAAUGCUCGAAGAGCAGCCCGAUGUCGUGAUAACUUACCUUACCGCUUCUGCCGUUUAUUCGAAAAUCAUGGACGAGUUCAAGCGAUUGGAGCCAGCUAGAUUCGCAGCUAUCGAACCACGUUUGAACAUAAUGGAUAUUGCUGGACCAGACUUUGAUGUCAUGAAACCUCUGCUCACCUUCGCGCCCAGUCUGGCAGCACUGUGCUCCUCAGGCUCCGUAACUUGUCUCACCACAAAGAAAGUUAUCAAUGGCCUUCCCCCUCCGACCUUGGCUAUCAUAGACCCAUUUGCCGCGUAUGCGUUUGAAUCGAUUCGACCGAUCGCCGGAGACAGUAUCCGUAUCCUUGCGUGGUGGACCGCGACUGCGGGAUCCUUAUAUCGAAUUUUAGGACCUGCCCACCUUGGCGGUGUUGCAGAUCCAACGCUGGAAACUGUUGAAGGGCGUGCGGCUAUGAAGAAAAAGCUACUUGAAAGGGAACAGAUUGGGUGGCACGAUUGCGUUGGAAAUGUUGUGAACAUCGCUGGUAUCGAACCUUCUUACGACUACGAAUGGUUCCCUCAAAAGACUCCAAUUCUACCUAUUGCUGCCUUUUUAGAGAAGAUCGGCUCGAUUUAUAUCCGUGAGGCUGACGGACUUAUAUGUGUUUCUGCAAAUGCUUUUGAGCCAGAAGGUGUGGCGGCACUUAAAGCGUGGUAUACUUCAAUGAGCAAGGAUUGCUACGCCGUUGGACCCUUGUCAAUCCAUGAUACAGGGAACCAAAGCUCAAAAUCCGUUCAAACAGAAAACGAUACAAAUGUUCUAGUGAAUGUUUUCUUAGACAGGAUUCAAGAAGAAUUUGGUGACAAGUCGCUUAUCUAUGUGUCUUUCGGUACUGUUUUUUGGCCUGAGGAUAGCGAACGCGUUUGGGCUGUGAUUGAUGGUCUCAUUGAAAAACGGCAACCGUUCCUGUUCUCUCAUCCAUCCCCUUUCCAGAAAUUUCCGGAUGAGAUGAAAAAGAAAAUAGAGGCCAGCGGAAUUGCGAUGGAGCUUCGGUGGUCACCUCAAGAGUUAAUCCUCAAACAUCCAGUUACUGGUUGGUUCAUUACACAUGGCGGAUGGAAUAGCAUGACAGAAGCGUUUAUACACCGCGUCCCUCUGAUCCAUUGGCCGUUCCACGCAGACCAACCUUACAACGCCAUGCGCAUGUUGACCCUGAAGGCAGGCUUUGAGCUUGUUGAAGUACGGACCGGACCUGUCGGAGCGCGAAUCCCUUACAAGUGCAAGGAACUUCCCGCUUUUACGCCAGAGUCAGCCAAGGCCGAGAUCAUGAGCAUCGUUGAGAAGUUGAAACAAGAGGAAGGAUUUGUAGUCAGAAAGAACUUUGAAGCCGUUGCAAACGCGAUAAGCAAGGCUUGGGAUGUGCCCGACGGGCAGUCAAGAAAGGAUUUUCUAGCGAUGCUGAAGAAAUUUGCAUGA